AUGCGGACAGACCAGACUUGUCUCUUGCGGACAAAAGCAAGUACAGACUGCAAGGAUGGUGAAGGCGCCGUAACCUUCUUGUCCAACCAGCUCGGUAACAUACCGGAAAUCAAAGCAAAUAGCUAUUAUAGCAAAACUUGUUCCAACAAGAAUACUACAAAACGUUGCUACCCAAAUGAUGAUUCAAAUAUUAGCGUUUUUAAAAUUGUUUGCAAGACAGAUAUUUGUAUUUGUGGUAAUGUUGAUAAGCAAUGCUACUUUGCAAAAACUGUUAAUCCUGGAUCUUUAGACUAUAUGUUUUAUUCUCAUAGUAAAUAA